UUAUCGAACGAGCGAAUCACAUACACACAACUACCAUUGACGAAAGAAACUCAUUGCUCCCGAACAAGGGAUUUCUUUCCAGUUUUAGAAAUCCAAUAAAAACCCAACUCAUAAUUUCUCUUCAAAACCCUAAUCUCUUAUCCUCUCCCCCUUCCCCUCCCCUCUCUCUUGCAUUUCCUCCCGUCUGGAAUGAUGGAAAACCUGCGUUGUCCUGCAAUGUGAUAGGGACGAACAUCAGAAUUUUUGCUACAAAUACUUUCGAUUUGGUUGCACUGAAUUUGGAAUGUGCUCCAAAUUUGAAAUAUUCUAUAGCAUAUAAAGAAGUAACUAUUUCAAUUCUAUUGGUGAACGAAAAAAUGACAGAACUAUCUCAAAAGGCAAGCAAGAAGACUAAGAAAAGUACAGAGUUAAGGAAGGUUUCUUCAAAGCCAAAGGAUCAGCCUCUUUCUCGUAAACAUCCAAGGAAGGCAGAAAACCCUCUUCGACUUCAAAUUCCCAAAGAUCAAUCUCCAGACUUUGAACAUCCAAAUAAAUGGGUGUGUAAAAAUUCUUCAUGUAAAUCUACUUUAUCCAUAUUUGAUUCGUAUUGCAAGAAGUGCUCUUGCUGCAUCUGUCAUUCAUUUGACGAUAACAAGGAUUCUAGUCUUUGGUUGAAAUGUUCAUCUAAAUAUGAUAAGAGGGAAUCCUGCGGUUUGUCUUGUCACGUAGAAUGUGCAUUCAUUUACAAAAAGGUUGGGGUGAUUAAUUUGGGACGACUGAUGCAACUGGAUGGGAACUAUUGCUGUGCAAAUUGUGGACUAGUUUCAGGAGUAAUUGGAUAUUGGAAGGAGCAAAUGAAUUUAGCAAAAGAUGCUCGUCGUGUGGAUAUUUUAUGUUAUAGAUUAUUCUUGAGUUACAGGCUACUGAAAGGGACGUCUAAGUAUAAGGAGGUGCAUGAAAUUGUUAAAGAGGCUAAGGCCAAAUUAGAAACAGAGGUCGGGCCAGUGGAUGGAGUAUCGACUAUGAUUAUACGAGGGCAUGUUAGCAGGCUUUCGGUUGGUGCUGAAGUGCAGAAACUUUGCUCUCUUGCGAUUGAGAAAGCAGAAGAACUGUUGUCCACCACCUCAUCUGAAAUUGAAUCCUAUUAUAGAGAUGGUUCACUUCCUGCAGCUUGCAAGUUCAUAUUUGAAGAGGUAACAUCAACCUCAGUUGUGAUUGUUUUGAUAGAACUUCCAAAGAAAAUAAGUGAAGAAAUAAAAGGAUACAAGCUCUGGUAUUGCAAGAGCAGUGACGAGACUCAAUCCGAAGAGCCCAUUUCUGUUUUCUCAAGCUCCGAGAGAAAAUUCUUGAUAUCGAAUCUCCAACCAUGCACCGAAUAUUCCUUCCGCAUUAUUUCCUAUACCGAUAAAGGCAACCUAGGCCAUUCCGAAGCAAAAUGUUUCACCAAGAGCAUCGAAGUAAUUAAAAAGAACACUAAUUCCGAUACCCAGAAAGAAUUAAGCAAGAUGACUUCAUCCCAAUUCAAGGUUCGUAAACUCGGAAAGAUCCUAAACACUGUCGGCUUUGACGGGCUUUCCGGUAUAGAACAGGAACCGUCAGUUUCACCCAAGCUUGAUUUAAAUGUCGCUUCGGUCCCAGAUUUGAAUGAAGAGGCUGUCCCUCCGCUUGAUUCGUCUAUGGAUGAAGAUGCUGUUAACUCUCGGUCCAAAAGGAAAAGGGAGAAAAAUACAAUCGAAGAAUUGCAGGAGUGCAAUAGCUCACUUGCAAAUGCAUCCUCGCUUGGUCUCAAAAAUGGGUCAGGUUCGUUUGACGUGAAUUUUGAGUAUUGUGUGAAGAUUAUUAGGUGGUUAGAAUGUGAAGGGCAUAUAGAGAAGGAAUUUAGGAUGAAAUUACUGACUUGGUUUAGUUCAAGAUCGACGGAGCAGGAUCGUAGAGUUGUUAAUUCGUAUAUUCAAACAAUGAUCGAUGAUCCAAGCAGUUUGGCUGCACAACUAGUUGAUUCGUUUUCGGAAAUUUUGUCGAACAAGCGACAGAGGAAUGGAUGGUUUCUGUAGUAAACAUUUGCAUUGACAAUUGCUGCUGCUGAUGAAGAUGAUGAUUCUUUGCAGCAAAUAUUUAUUAUUCAACUGAAGGCUCUUCUUACAUUGUAUGGUUAGCCUUUUCUUCAAUUGGUAUUCUUUUUAAUCCAAUCUUUUUAAUACUGACACCUGAAGCUUAGAAAGUCAAUUUAUGUGUUUUUAUCUAUUUAUCUAUACAUUCUAGACAUUUUUAAUCAUUGAUUAGGAAGAAUUAUAUUACUGGAAUUAUAUUUUUAAGCUUACAAGUUUCUUUCAAUAAUAGACAUCACUUCUUC